UUUAUCGAUGAAUCAAAAUGACUAGAAACAAUAUCUAAUAUUCAAAUGCAAUCUAUGAAAACGAUCGAUAGCAAAACGCGAGAAUUCUUAAAUUAUUCAAAGCAAUGCGCGUACAAAGCUCUGAAACACAUGAUGCUGGAAAAAAAUUUAAAUUUCAAGCCCGAAAUCUGGGAAGAAAUGUCGGAGGUAUCGCGCGCUUCCACCGACAGAUCGAUAGUAGAUACAGACGACAAGUCAGACGUGGCCGAGAGCGAAAGUCCCGAAUCCGGGACUCACAGCCCGGAGUCGCCUUUUUUCCGCGAAAUGCAGAGGAGAUUGAGAAAAACAUGGGCUCCGAAUAUCGGGGAGCAAAGCAUUCGGUAUAAGCUCUUCAGAUCAAGCUCCAGUAGGUCCUCGAUGAUCCUCGCGAAAUCGUUGGCGAGGUCCUCCUUUAGCACAAAAUUCGCCAGAUACGAAACCAGGGAAAGCCGUUCGGCGAACAUUUUAAGUGCUAUUCCAAAGGUGUCGUGCUUUCAACGCAGGAACCGCGACAGAUGCUUAUCCUGCAUGCAUAAAUCCCUGCGGAAGACGGACGCAACCGACAAAGCUGUCUCCUCGCAAACGAUAUUGCUAACGGAAAUUGAGGCGAGAGACGACAGCGAGUCCAGCUCGGGCGAACUUCCGGAAUUUCGCGAGGAAUUACGGAAGAUAUAUUUCCAAAAGAAAGAUAUUCCGAAAAAUCUGGACAAAAUUGAGACUCUAUCGGACAAAUCAACAUCUUCCUCGUAUCAAGCGGAACAAGAAGAUACCGUGAUUUCGACACCAAAGGUCGAAUCGAAUCAAUCUAAGAACAAAACAGCAAAACCUGCCGAAAGCUUGCUAUCGAAGAGUCCAAAGAGUUUGAAAGCCACUUCCAUUUCCAUCUCAAUAUCGUCGGAACCAUCGAAAAUUUCGUCCUCGGAAGUGCAUACUUCUGACGACGAGACAUCAUCGCCGUUGGCAUUGGACGACGAUCCGUCGCGAUACAAAAACAUGGCGCCCUGUCACUUGCCCACAGUUCUACUGCCGAGUAUGGAGCCUUUACGAGCUCUGAAACACAGAAGACCGACCACCAUGGAGUCGCGAAUCGCUCUUAUGGAGAGUACGAUAACAACGAAGGAGAAAUCUGACGAGGAAUAUUACGAUGACGCAAAACCUGCGGCCUCAAAAACAUCGACGGAAAAAUUGCAGCCAAAACCGGUCGGUGAAAAGCCUGAAAGACUCGGCGAAGAAAAGGAUAUAUUCUUAAAGAGCCCGAGAACCCUUUUGAAAGUUAAGUCAGAGCAGCAGCUGAUACCGCCAAUCGUAAAAUCUGCGCCAAAGGACAAACUAAAGAGGGGAUAUAGUUGCGCGAGCAUCGAGGAUUUAUCGAAAGAUCCUGCGAGAGGUACGUUCAAGAGUUCUCGAGGCGAGGCAGGAGAUGGGCGAGAAGUAAUCUCUUUCGCGGAGAUAGAUUUCGCGAAAGAGUCGGCCUUCUCUGACUCGGGGAGACGGACGGAAUUACCGCUGUCAACGAUCGCCGAAAUUUCGCAAUUUCUCGAGAAAACGAAUCGAAGGGACGCGUCGGCCGCGAUUAUACUGGAAAGUUUGGCGGACGAAUUCAUCUCACGACUGAUAAAAUACCACGAGCACGCCGGCACGACAGCGUCGAUGAGGCGUGCUAAAUUAACCGCGAGAUUAACAAAACUGCUGGCAGACUCGAAACGUUAUUUGAACCCCGAUAAGUUCCCGUCUGACCUUAUUUUCUCCGCGCAACAGCCUCCCGCUUGCAACUCCCGUUUACUAAGACGUGUUCUGCCGCUCGAUUCCUACAAUCUCGUCGCGCCAUUAUUGGGCAUGCCAAUUUGGUAUCCAAAAAGAAUAAAAAAAGAGAAGGCUGUGGUGCAUUAUGAGAAAGAGCGAGAGGAAGAGGAAGAAGAAGAGGAAGAGGAAAUAGAAGGUGCGAUUCCCUUCGACUUAGUGGUGCAUCCCCCGACGACCAAAGAUAUUUCAACGAAAGAAGAUGAGCACAAAGUAGGUCAGAUGCGAUCAAAUCCUUAUGCUCUCUUUUUGAAGAAACCACGACGCAAGGUCAUCACUUGGCGUCCAUUAACAGCGGACGAUCUCAAAGACUACGAUCCCGAGGCCACUCUCGAAAUGAGAGCCAAAAAUAUCACAGACAGAAUAUGCCACGACUUUUGCGAAUGGCUGCGCGAUUUAGGCGGUACCGAUAAAGUCAUCGACGAGGAAGUCCUCGGAGAUAUGUUCGAAAUUGACUUCACAGCUGAGGCCAGUAGAACGAUGGAGAUGUCGAUGAAGGAAAUGCCGAUGGUACCCAACGGGGUAGCCGCAGCGAGACAAUGUCCUGAUGCAAGCGAGCUUGCCAUGACCAGGAAGCAUCUGAUUAGAGAUGCUAAAGCUGAGAGUAAGCCGGUCAAAACAAUGGCGUUUGGCACCGCGAUACCCUGGAAGCUUCAAUUUGUACCUCCCGGAAAUCGGGUGAGAGAGAGAUGGCUUCGCUGCGAAAACGUGAUGCCAGAUCUAGAGACGAUGGAUGUGGUCUGGGACGGCAUAACGAAUCUGGAAAGCGUCAAAGCUUUCGCGAAAUGGUUCGGCGAGCAUUCGAAUAUUUCGCUACCGGAUGCACUGAUGAGGGCGAUGACCACUGAUCCCGUUAAACACGCCAUUAACGCCGACACUUAUAUGCAAUUGGAAAGGGACGUCGAACAAAUUGGUAAUUUGAAAGUUCGCAACGACCAUCAAAACUCGAUCGCAUGAUGAUGUAAUCGACGAGGAGGAUCAGCGCGUGAAAAGAGAUCCGUCGACACUCCAAGUUGAUUCCGUCAUCGCGCCUGUAUAUCGGCGCCAAAUACGUUCGUGUAACCGAUACGACCACAUGAUGACACGACGCAGAACGCCCAUUUCCUGUAUGCGGCCAACGGUUAACCUCCGUAGCCGCCGUGGAUGCUUCAAUCGCAAACAAUUCCCAGCGAAAUUUCGACAAACGUUCAAUUACGAAACCUAAUUUUCUGCUAAUGAUCGUCGCGUUUAGCCUCGCUCGCGAAUUGUAACGUAAAUAGAAAUCAAAUCAUUUUUUUUUGUUCGUCGGAUUUCGUUCGUAUCUCUCGAAUCAAAAUAUAUGGAUCGUUAAAAGGCGCGAGCGUUUAUACCUGGACCAUCAUUCCUGAUUUCGCGUGUAGAUUGGAUUAACAGUCCGAUUUCACGGCACGAAUUAAUUCAUUGGCAACGCAGCGCACUAAUGCCUUGCAUUUCACUGCACCAAUUAUCGAUCACUCAAGUUUCAUUGCAUCGAACUUCAUUAAAUACGCGCGCAUAUAAUAAUAAUUGCAAUAUUAAUAACAUUCAUUCAUUAAUAAUAGCAAUCUGUUAUCAAUAUACAUGAUAAGUA